AUGAGACCCUAUCCAAGACGUUCAUUGACGAAUACAAAAAGAAUUUUUAAUGACAGAUUAUCCAGAGGUUGUAAGUCAGUGGAGUGUGCGUUUAGAAUGAUGGCAUCUAAAUUUAGAAUAUUGGAACGACCCAUCAAUUUUAAAACUGAAAAAAUUGAAAUAGUGAUAAAAGCUAUAUGCGUUUUGCAUAACUUGAUUCUAGUGCAUGAUGGUACGUACUCAAUUCCACAAGGAAUUCAGCAAGAUAAUAUCUAUUUGUUAUAUGAAGAUACUGAGGGAAAUAUAGAAAACAAUAGAACGAGACCUUCUUACUCAGCGAUGGAAAUAAGGGAAAGACUUUGCCAGUAUUUUGUGAAACCAUAA